AUAUAAAAAACAAUUGAUUCCUUUAUAAGAAAUAAAGAACAAACAUUUCUUUCUUUCGUCGUAUCGCGCUUCAUUCCUAGAAUAAUACUUAGAUUAUUAAGUAAUUUGUUCCCUCCAUUUUUUUGUUUCGAAAAAAACCUAAUUGUCGCUAAUGAUGGAAAGCUACGAGUUCAGUGCAGUUCUUUUGAAGGUUGUGAAAUGUUACAGUAAGGGUCACUUGUGUCACUUUCGAGCGUGCAAUUAAAUCACGAGAGAGAAUUUAUCCAGCGAGAAUCGCACGAACGCGCUUGAAUUCUUUUUGCGUCCGUUUCUUCAGCGGUGACACUAACUUAUUCGCGCGCGAUGCCGUAGGUACCUCUCGCCCGUUCCCGCGCGCGCAUUGUGUCGUACCGCUUCAGUUGUCGCAAAUCAACGAGUGGGCCCGUGCAAUUCAAGAGAAACUCGACAUUUCUUUCCGAUAUUAUGCAAAAAUUCAUCCCCGCCCGGCAAAUCAAUGUUUAACGACAGCUACGCCGCCGCAAUCGGCCGACAGUCAUCCCGCGGUUUUACGACGAUGAAGGUUUAGCGCGAUCUGGCACCGUUCAUGCAAUAAUAUUUUAAUUUCUAAUCAAUACAAUGUGAUAGUGAUUUAUAACGUAGAACAGGUGCUACAGAGACCAUAAGAGAAAUAUAGCAUGUGUGAAUUUUUUAGAUAAAAUACUGAUUUUAUAAAAAAAAAGACGUUCAACAUACAAAAGCAAAGUGCCUGAAUCUUCGUUAAAAGUGACUUAAUACGUGACUCGAUUUACCGAGCGGAUAUGCAAUUGUUUCCGGAUAUCAACUAGGUGUCUUCCACGAUGGAACUGCAUGCACGAAUGUUUAUCUUAUGUUUACUGUGCGUCGCGCGCGCGUCCGUGGUGCCACCAAAGGAAAUUGCCGAAGUCAGAGCCGAACUCCCGACACACGUCGGAAAUCUUUCGGAGAAAAUCUCUGUACAGAAAAUUGAUGAUGGGAUCGACGUACAGUCCACGGAGAAUCCCCGAGACAAGAGAGCUCUUGGUCUUCUGCUAUCAGGCUUGGCCCAGAUUUUUGGAUACACAGUGACCCCGAUUCAAUUUGCCUCGCUGCCAAACCCGAACGUCACGAGACCUGCCGCGUCCAACGUCGCCUCCAAGGCGACUACUGUGAAACAACAAGCUUCAUCCUCCCGGCCUAUGAAUACCACCCCGAUGCCAAAGCAGCAAGAGACAAUCAGAUUUACUGGCGUUUUGAAUUUCGGCAAUAAUUCGGACAUUCUGGGACACCUUCAGCGAUACGAGCAGCUCUUUCACGGUCGUCGAAAUAAUGUGACGAUGAUGAUGCCACCCUCAAUGCCGACACCGCCCGCAAAGGUUUCCGUGGACCCGAGAAUAACUACGCAAAUGAAGCCGCCUUUGCUGGCGCCAUUCUUCGUCAAGAUCCCAUUGCCGAUCGCGCCCGAGCUUCUGUCAUCUACGCUGCCUGUCACGGAUCUCGCGGGGUUGUCGUAUCCCACCCCGGCGAUUUCCAUCGCGAGUGUCUUAAACGAAAACACGGAAGCGCCGGUUCGGAAGGAGCAAGAGACGAUAUACAAGAGUAACGAAGAUACAGAACGAUACACGGUGCAGGAAAAGGACAUUUAUAAUGAGAAAGACGUGAAGAAGCCGAUGGCCGAUAACAACAAGCAGAACGACAAGCAUAUCGAGCUGCAACGUAAACAAGAGGAGCGCAUCAGGAAGCUAAAGCAACAGGAGAAAGAGAGGACUCGCGACAAAGCUGCUCGUUACAACGAGAAAGAAGUGAAUGAGAGACACAGGGAUCGCGAGAAGGAAAUCGCUGAUCGAAAUCGAGACCGCGCCUCUCAGCGCGAAUCAACGGAAGAGAGGAGGCCAGCGCAUGACGAUGAUGAGGAAGACGAAGGUUCCGCGGAAAGGUACAAAGAUUAUACCAGUCAGGAGAACGAGUCCUCGAAGCAACCGCCGGAGAAGGACGAGAAAGAGGAAAUCGAAGACUACGACGACGAUUCUAGCAAACAGUUUAACGGAUACAAGCGACCUGAGAUUGACGACAAGUACAGCGAAGUGGUUUACAAUCAGCAAUUACCUAUCGGCGAAUACUUCCACGAGAUUAAUCCCGAAGUGAUCCGCGACAGCUACGGCGAGGUACUGGACGACAAAAAACUGGAGGACGACAGAAUCGCCGGUUACUUAAGCAUGUUCAAGCAACCGUAUGUUCAGACCAACGAAGACGCGUCGAGGGAGGAGAAUGAAAAAGAGACGUCUGCCGAGGACGGUUAUGACGAGCAUUUGAUCAGGCUGCAGAAGCUCAGGGAAGAGUAUGCCUUACCGGAGAACAAGUACGAGGAGUACGAUUUGAAUGACGAGGGUGAAGCGGACAGAGAGGACAGAGAGAGCGAGAGGAUCCAAAACCGUACGUCGGUGAGAUCGAAAGCGUCGAGGAAACCCGUGGCGGGACGCGGUAAGGAAAACAAUCGCGCGAAAAGACCAACCGGAUCCAGUCGUGGCGAAGCCGCAAGAUUAGAAAACGCGAAUUUGCGGGAAGAAGCUGAUUUCGCGAGAUAUGUGCCUCUAGUCGUACCUAUACGUUACAUCGAUGCGAACGACAAGGUGCAGCAAGCGACCACGCGACAGCUGAGCUACAAGGAGGCAGACAAAUCAACGGACGGCGAUGGCAAUGCGGGUCCCACGGAGACAAUCCCCAACGAGAAGGCUCUAGCUCCGCAGAUCGGCUUACCCGAGAAACCGCGACAAUUGCACGAGGGUGAGCACAAGGAAUUGCAGGUGUGGCCGCCGCCCUUCGACUACGCCUUUGAUAACACGCAACCGGCAAGCACCAUCGUUCCAUCAAAUCCGCAGAUCUAUCACCCACGAAAUUACGCCCCGAACUAUUAUCAGCAUGUCGUGAAGGAGGUUGCGACGCAAGACGCGAAGGACGAAGAGCAACCCUCCGGUUAUCUCGUAGUCGUCGGUAAUCCGGUCUAUCCGUAUCGAUAUCCCCACAACAUUUAUUACUUUUCCAACGAAGCUGUAAACUCGAGAGAUCAGGCGCCUCAUCUGAACGCCGCUGAAGUCACGCGUCCGCGGGACCAGGCCUAUCAAAUUGUUCAGCAAACCGCCAGCCAACAGAUCGUCCAAGCGAAACCCAAUAUCACCGAAUACAAUCUGAAUGAGACCACGACUAGUCCUCGCGACUAUUACUACCAGGAAAUUCCAGCGAACGUUCUCGAUCGUUACAGGUACACUUUCGGAGAACGCGCUCUUCAGGUCAAAGAGCCGUUCGAUGUCGACGUAAGAAGUCAGAUUCCCGACGACGGAUUCAAAAAACCCUAUAAUAUUGACGCGAGAAGUCAAAUUCAAACUCCAAACAAAUUACUGACGACGGAAAACUGGUCGAACAGAAUAUAUCAGCCGCAAUCGCCGAGCGGUAUAGCCGAGGAAUCUCCUCGACCGGUCUUCGUGCAAUUACAGAAUACUGCACCUACGAAUCAGAACGCGCAAAACAAACCGUCAUCGGAAAGGCCGCGUCAUUCGCGGCUGCUAAGAAGACGGAAGAGUCUGCGGUCGAAGAACGACGAAGAAGUGAAAACUCCGCAACCAAUUCUUAAAAAUCUGCAACCGAAGGAAGGAAACCAUAGCAAGGACGAUGAAGAGGCAAAAACUCCGCAACCGAUCCUGAAGAAUUUGCAACCAGAAGAUUACCACAAAGAUGACGAAGUGGCAAAGACCCCGCAGCCGAUCUUGAAGAGCAAGCCAUUCGACGAUCCCCAGAGUGCGCACGAUUUCUUCGGCUUCAGCCGGGACGAUUAUAGCUUCGAAAGCGAAAGCAACGAUGAAACGAAAGUUACCGAGGAGAAUGGCAAAACUGCGGAGGAAUCGGAUCCGAUCGUCCCACCGGAACCGACCAUUUAUCACUACGAUGACGAAAGUAUCGUGAAGCACAUCGAUGAGCCAGAAAAUGAUACGGAGAAAGCCAAAGUCACUGAGUACCGGAACAAAGUGGCGACCUUGAGAGUGACGGAACGGAGACAAUUGAAGCCGAACGGCCCGAUCCACUAUGUGGACUUUACACGCAAUAUCUAAUGUAGAAAUAGUUCAAGCAAAUUAUUGGUACGUGAUGCAACGUUGUUGGUUUAUUAUUAAUUCGCGCCACUAAUAAUUAAAUUAUUUCACGAAAUUCGUCACAUGUUUCAUAUCAUUUGGCAUGAAGUUCUCGAGCUCAAUUCUCUUGUAUUUUGUCUUGUAUUCUCUUGUACAAAAGCAACUUAAAAUGUAUAAAAUAAUAUAAAACAAAAAAUGUGUAGCUAUAUAAUUUUGUACUGUUAUAUAAUUUAUGUCAAUAAUAAUAGCUGGUGCAGAUGGUACGUGUAGAAAAAAAUCGCACGUAUCGUAUGAAAAAAAUGAAAAAGAAUGAAAAAGAUCUUUUAAUUCGACUGAAUGCUCCAUAUUUUAGAACAAAUUAUUUGUAUUACAUAUCAUAAAAAUUUUAAUUCUGAAUAAAUGUUCUGCAUUUUAGAUAAAAUCCUUUAUAUUACACAUUAAAGGACUUUAGAUAUUCUGGAAAUAAUAAAAUUACAUUUUACCAAUGUUCUUCGAACUAAUUCUCCGUAUUAUAGAAAAUUGAAUCUGUAGUCUAAUUAUUUAAUGUUAAAUUACUUCUUAAUCAUAAAAAAGUACGUGUGCGCGUGCAUUAGAAAUUAAAUAUUCGCUAAAAAAUUCAUAAUUCAAAUUCUCUAAAAAGAUUCCUUAUAAGAUAAAAAUACGUCUUACGUCGUUCAAUUCUCAUUUAAUUAUCAAAACACAUUUUUUUGGUACGUAUG